AUGCCGCUUCCACCUGCGGUCGACAAAUUAUUGCAAGAUGUGGAUAAGAAAUUACAUGAGGAUAAUUCUGUGACCAAUUUGUUGGCACAAAUCGAAGCGAAGGCAGGCAUUAAGCGAUUGCAUCUUGUGCUUGGUCUUGUUGUAAUCCAUGCCUUGUAUCUGAUAUUUGGAUCUUUGGCUGAACUUUUGUGUGAUAUUAUUGGCUUUAUCUACCCGGCUUAUGUCUCAAUCAGAUCAAUCGAAACUUUUCAUAAGGAUGAUGGCGCACAAUGGUUAAUCUAUUGGAUAAUCUUUGCAUUGUUCAAUAUCGUGGAAUACUUUUCGGAAACUUUCAUAGUAUAUUUUCCGCUUUAUUGGCUCCUUAAGUGUGUCUUUCUGCUAUAUUUGUAUUUGCCAAUGACCAGGGGUGCGCAGAAAAUUUACUACCGCUUUAUACAAUCAAUCGUGCAGAAGCAUCAGUCAGCUCUUGAGAAACAAAUGGGUCGCGUAACCGAAAAAUUGACAGAUAAGCUUGAUGAAAAUAUUAGAGAUCGAAAAUCAACAUUGGGAUUACCAUACCGUAGUUGUAGUUAUAAUAGCAACUGCUUUACUGACCAUUCUGCUGGUGGUUAUGAAGAAAAUAGUACCACAGUACGCCAAGAAUUUGAGACGCAUGUGAAACCGAAUUAG